AUGCCGUUGGGCGUGCUGUCGGCAGUGAGGCAAGACACCAUCGCCGACUACGCAUCGCGGAUCAUCGCUAUCGCCGGCGUAGCGAUGCCCACUUUCUGGAUCGGGAUCCUGGUGGUGUAUUUCCUGGUGGCCUGGUUUGACUGGCUGCCGCCCUUGGGAUACGCCAACGUCUGGGACGAUCCGUGGCGCAACCUGCAGCAGAUGUUCUUCCCCGCGGUGGCGCUGGGUUUCUACAACAUGGCGCUGAUCGCACGGGUGACCCGCUCCUCCAUGCUGGAAGUGUUCCGCGAAGACUACAUCCGCACGGCGCGGUCCAAGGGCUUGCGGGAGGGGGCGGUUAUCAUCCGGCACGCGCUGAAAAACGCCUUCCUGCCGAUCAUCACAAUUUCAGGGUGGCAAGUGGGUCGACUGAUUGCGGGGACAGUGGUUAUCGAAACGAUCUUCCUGGUUCCCGGAAUGGGCCGCCUGCUGGUGGACAGCAUCCUGCACCGGGACUACACCAUGAUCCAGAGCAUCGUGAUGGUCAUAGCGUUCAUGGUCCUAGCGCUGAACCUGGUCGUGGACCUGCUCUACGCCUGGCUGGAUCCGCGCAUACGCUACGAAUAG